AACGGUCUCUCUGGGCACUCCUCGCCGUGGCCUCUCUUGGCCCGCGGCGUCGCUGCAGCCGACCUUUCGGCGCUGGAAAUGGCCGCCCAGAAUGUCUUCCGGCGUGGUGACCUCUCGGGGUCCAACAAGAGCUGUGACACUGACACGCCGCCGCCCUCAACCUCCGAGGCAUUGUCAAACUUGGGCGGCCUUCUCAUCGCCGGCUGGGUGGUGGCCGCUCUGGUGGUCGUGCUCCAGCUCGGCCUGUUCGUCCGGCUCCGUCGGAUCGUCAGCAAAGCAGCGCCCGAGGGGUGGCGCAAUGCUAUCUACUGGCAAUACUCGAUCUUUCCGUUUUCUACCCUGCUGGCGCUGGGGACUCUCGUCGUUCCAGGGUCUUACAACUUCCUACGUAGUUUAACACCGAUAUGGGUCUACAUCGCGGCGUCCAAGUUCGUGGAGCUGACCGUGCGGAUGCUUGACGGCGAGGAAAACAUCCUAGCCCUCGUCGGCGAGAAGCGCUUCCCAUUGGCAUCGUACCCAUUCAGCGCCUGCAGCCCGCACAGAAAACUGAGCUGGAGACUACUCCGCUCCAUGCGGCGGGCUGUGGGUCAGGCGCAGUACUUGCUGGCCGCGGCGGCCGUCACCACCGUAUUUUUGGAGUAUGCGGGCGUGAUAGAGCGCAACCAGGCGAAUCCCGGCAAGAUAUCCAAGUUGCUCACCGCCAUCGGUUUCCUCUCGCUCCUGCUUGGCUUGGCUGGCCUGCGGAUGUUUACUAACCUAGUCGGCUCACUCAUGCCACCGGGUCAUCACUACGAGGUUCCAUCCCUAGUGCUAAAACUGGCAGUCUUCACGAGUAAGCCACAAAUACUGAUAUUCAACAAAGCCUUCAUGUUCAGCACGAAGACCUGCAUCUCUUCAACGUCGCCGUGGGUCUACGCAGGCAUCGUGGAGAGCAUUGUCUUAUCGGUUGAGAUGCUUCUGUUCAGUCUGCUGGUCUACCGGACAUACAGUGACGUGGACCAAUACAGCAGUGAAGAGAGCAAACAAAAUCCCUGCCGGGAGUGAUCCUGGCUCCCCUGCGAUCGCUGACGAAGAGGAGCCACCAAGCAGCGGACCAAAUCAUCUGCUUGCAAGGUACUGCGAGGUGCAAUGCAAAACUACGGCUUUUGCAUUAAGCGCGCCUAGCCUACAGCGGUGUUGAUGGGAACUGAGGUGCAACACCUGAAGUAACGGCCUGCGCUGCCAAACUCAAGAAUCAACGACCAGGUAAACAAAACAGCUGACCCAAGGCCGCCACUCAGACCAGCUCAUCGUCCAGGAGUUGCGAAUUCAUCAGAUUGAUCAAGCAUUCGCCUUUAACCCUGACAGCACGCUCUCACUCAGAGGUGCGAGCGCCUGCUGUGACAAACUGACCAGGCUACUGCCGUGUAUGCGGCAUGACGUGAAGCCACUGUGGCCCUGGGCGUUUCCCAUUGACGCUAUGGGCAGACUGCACUGUCGUCUGCUCGCUGCAACUUCAGCAUCUUCUAGUAAGCUUUUGGUGUAAAAUGAUUGCGGUUUCGGAGAGAAAGUGAAGCAGGAUGCCUGAUGGUUGGGUACACAACUUUUGCCCGCUUGGUGCAGACUGUGUUGAACAAAAUAGCUCGGUAAAACUAUCCACUAGUUUCGUUCACCGUGAUGCCAAUGCCAAAAUGAGCGUGCAGCGUUGACAUCACAUGCGAUGCUUUAUUACACCCCUGUUCAAAGGUGCCGUGAGCUGUUCACAACAAGCUACAUGCGUGACAGAAAACAAGGAAGUGAAAAGCGUAAAGACCCAGUUCAAACGUAAUCGACGUGCGGUUCUCAAUGGCCUCCUGAGGCUUGACGUGCUGCCAACAUUUUUUUUACAUUCCUGCCGUGCUGCCUCGUUCGCUUUCUUCUAUCACAUGACUUCACAAGCUAUCGGUGUGUCUAUCGCUCUGUUCUCAGAGGUCGCCUGGGAUCAGGAAUCAGCUCGACAAGGAUGUAGAUAACAUUGGAGCACGAGGGCGGAUCGCCGGCCUGGGAAUCUGUAGGAGCAGAGAGCGAUACAGCAAGGACGCUGUAGGCGUGAUGAGACCACUGAUGCCUUUUCCUAGAUGUUGUGCAUGCAAAUAGAGAAUAAACUUCAGGCGUACCCUUCCACUCGAAGGUCAAAACUGGGAAUAGUCUUCUUGUCCACGUGAAUCCGAUUUUCAAAUAAAUGAUUACCCGAU